CUCCUGCCAUGAUAAAAAGACAGGAUGCUGAAGCAGAUUAAACCCAUCAGCAGUUGCAGCAGGAGCCCAAGAACAAAACUAGCAUCAUGAAGAACCCAAUGUAUGAAACGGUGUCUUUGCUCCUGGAGAAGUUUUUUCUGCUUGCCAACUUCAAAUUUCUCACUAUAGGCUCCAGUGCAGAGGAGGAAGAAAAGAAAAAACAUGCCAGUUGUUAUGACACUGCUUACUUCAAGCCAGGCGACUUGCUGGAGGUGCCCCGCACCCUUUUCAUUCACUUUGGCAUCUACCUGGGGGACAACAUGGUGGCCCACCUUAUGCCAGACAUUCUACCACUUUUCACCAAUGACCACAGGCAGAUCCAGAAGGUGGUGACAAACAAGAGGCUUGUUUUGGGCGUCAUUGCCAAAACAGCCAGGAUCCGUGUAGACACCGUGGAAGACUUUGCCUAUGGCGGCUGUAUCCUGGUGAACCUCAUGGACUCACUCUUCAAGAAUAACGUGCUGUGUGGCGAGGAGGUGGUUUGCAGGGCCAAGGAGCUGGUGGGGACGACAGAUUACAGCUUGCUUUGGAACAACUGUGAACAUUUUGUGACCCACUGCCGAUAUGGCUCGGCGGUCAGCUUCCAGACGGACAAGUUCUGUGAAAUAGUGAAGAUGAUCAUUCGGGACCAGAGGAGCGUCCUGGCUUCAGUGCUGCUGGGACUUGCUUCUAUAUUUUACCUGGGUCUGGCACCUUCUACUACUCUCCCCACCAUCAUUAUUCCAUUCACUUUGUGGAUGGUUGGUUAA